AUGGGGGAUACCAAUGUUCUCGUCACUGGCGCAGCCGGCCAUCUUGGCUGCGCGCUCAUGCUUUCUCUUCCCUCAUAUGGGUACACUCCGAUCGGCAUCGAUACCCUCGACUCCGCGACGACAACCCACAUAGGCUCCAUCACAGACCGCACCUUUGUAGAAUCACUGUUCGCGACCCAUCCUAAGAUCCGGUACGUGCUGCACGCGGCGACGCUGCACAAGCCUCACGUCGAGUCGCACUCCCAGUUCGACUUCGUGGCUGUCAAUAUCACCGGCACGCUAGUUCUGCUUGAGACGGCCGCGGGCUUGGAUCCUGGCCGCAUUGAUGCCUUCAUCUUCGUGUCGACUACAUCUGCCUUUGGCCAGGCCCUGAGCCCGAAGCCUGGCAAACCGGCAGCUUGGAUUGACGAGCGUGUCACGCCGGCGCCCAAGAACAUCUACGGCGUCACCAAGGCCGCCGCUGAGGAUUUGUGCCGCCUUACGCACCUGCAGACCGGCCUGCCAAUCCUGGUGCUGCGGACCAGCCGCUUCUUCCCCGAGGCCGACGACGAUGAGGACCGCCGCGCCGCGCUGGGAGACGAAAAUUUAAAGUGCCUCGAGCUUGCUUACCGGCGCACCGACAUCGCUGACGUUGUGUCGGCCUCCGUCCUUGCUAUGAGGCGGGCCAGAGAGAUUGGCUGGGGCAAGUAUAUCAUCAGCGCACCGCCGCCGUUUCCGAAUGAUGCCGAAACGUUGCGGAGGCUGGACUCGGAGGCGGGGAAGGUAUAUCGCGAGUGUGUUCCAGGGAUCGAGGAGGCGUUUGACCAGCAAGGGUGGAAGUUCCUGCCGCGUUUGGAUCGUGUGUAUGAUUCCGGAAGGGCAGUGCGAGAGCUUGGGUGGGAGCCACUGUAUACUAUUCAGUACGCCGUGGAACAGAUUGCCAAGGGAGAGGAGUGGAGGAGCGGGCUUACGUUCGAAGUGGGAAAGAAAGGCUAUCACGCCAUUUCAACCGGAGUUUAUACUGUUCGUUGA